UACAGAGCUGCAGCAGCCGGAUCAGGCUCAAAGCGCCUACAGAAAGGCCUCUGAACUGGAGCCAGAGCAACUGCUUGCAUGGCAGGUCAUUCAUGCGUGGAGCAGGGAAGUCCAGGUGAGGGAGCAUUUGAAAGAACUUUACAAUUGAUGACAGAUGUGCCCAGUGAAGCCCACAGGAGUCUUUCACAGGACUACAUUAAAUGUCUUUCCAAGCUUCCUCAUGAGGUGGCCAAGCUAAAGGAAGUUUGUGAUGCCACGCUUUCCCGCCAUCCAACACACUCCUGCCCUCUAGAGGCCCUCAGCGAGCACUACAUCAGAACUGGGAGCUGUCCUGUCCGCUGUUUCUUCCAUCUCUAGGGACUGGAUCCAAACAACUCACAUGCUUACUUUGGUCUUGGUAUUAAAGCUUGUCAGGAUAAAAAAUAUGAGGAUGCCAUCAAAAGUAUUAGUCUAGGAUUGAAGCGUAUACGCUCUUACAUCAUUGGCUGUUAUAAUCUUGCUCUGGCUCAACUAAAAAUGCAUAAAUACUCUGACAGUGCCACAGCUUCCAGCCAAGGGUUGAAGUCAUGUGUGGGGAACUCUUAUGAUUGGACUCAUAAACUGCAGAGGUUGAAUCUAGAGUCUCUGGUGAGGACAGGAAGAGACCAGGAUGCUGAUGAAGCUCUGCAGAUCCUUACACAGCAAAUGCCCUUUCAAUGUCCUCCUUUAAUCUACAUCCUACAAAGGAACCCAGGAAAUCCUUCUCUCUGGGCUCUUCUCUCCAGACUGGCCCCACAGUACUGCCCCAACAAAGCCAGGGGAGGUGCUGUGGCUGGCAGUGUGGUGUGUCAUGCCAGCUUGACACUUGGAAAGAGGGCGUUGCUGUGCAGUGGAGUGAAUCAGUUGGCCUCAGGCCAGCACUCUGGUGAGGACAGUAGACUCAAUGCUCUAAAAACAAUCCAGAGAGCUGUGCUGCUGUGCCCAGACGAUCCUGCUGGGUGGGUGGAGCUAAUGGCUGCCUGUCACACAGAGAACACUGCAUGCUUACUCGAAGGCUCCGCCCCUCGCAGAGAAGGUCUGGAGAGGGUGCACAUGACUCUGGUGUCUGAAAAAGUGAAGGGCCUGCAGGCAGAGGAUGGGCUCUUGGCUCAGGGAUGGGUGGUACAGCAGGCCGUGACUGGACUCACAGGAGGCCAAUAUGACCAGGCAGAGACUCUCUGCUCCCAGGCUCCGAGUGUAUCUCCAGAGCAUCCUGUGGUGUUCCUGAGGUUAAGGCAGGCUCAGUGUGAGCGCCUCCUGUUGUCUGACACUGGUAACUGUGUUCCUCCUGCAGUGCUGGAUUAGCUCAGCGCUGCUGUCAUGGCCAACCACACGUCUGUGUCCAUCUGGCAUUGGUUGGCAGAAGUGUACUGUUCUCAGGGUCUGCUGGCUCAGGCCUCUGUGGCAUAUAGACACAGUCUUCAGCUGACUCAGCUCGGUGACCACAUUGGAAAGAUGAGCAGUCUGCUCCGACUAGCCCUGCUGGCACUCAUGCCGUGUUUGGCUGGUGUCUGUGUCUCUGAAUGGAAGGAUCUGGUGUUGGAGGCCAGCAUUGAAGUCUUAAAGAUGGGCAGCUCACCAGUAGCUCUGCUCUUCCAAGCUUUACUGCAGUUCUCUAUAAAGAUGGGUGCCAGGGAAACCCGACGCCUGUUGGAGAAAAUGGAUUAUGCUUCAGCCUCAGGCAGCUCUGAAACAAUAGCGUCACUGGCACGCUGGUACCUCCUGCGCAACAUGCACACAAAAGAUGACCUGGAGCUGAUAGAUGUGAGCAAUUACUCAGAUGGAGACGGCAGACUGGUGGAUUUCCACAGACGCCUUUACCCAUCCAGCUGA